CACUACACGAGUCAAACAGACGGACGCUGUGUCUAUUUGUGUUGUGGUGUUUUAAAUCCCGUUUACCACUGAUUUCUGACUGGGACGCUAAUAGGAAUUCCCUGGUUUACUCGGUGUGUGUUCCCGUUAGGAGAAGAAAGAGAGCGAAGGAAACGUCUCUCAUCUUGACCUCGCGAAUGGAAAGCAUCAGGAAAUACAUGUUCGUCCUCCGCUCCUCUGUGGGACCUGGAAUCUAAGAUCAGAAUAGUUUCUUGGAGGAUCAUUCAUUGUAAAUGGAUUCUUUCUUUGUAGAGGGGGCCCGUGUCUGGCUGCGGAACAAAGAGCUGCUCCUCCCUGCUACUGUCAGCUCCUGUUCCCACGACGAAGGAUACCUGGUCCUUACAACCGACUACGGAAAGGUGAUGUACCUGCAGCAGGGGGAGCUGAGCAGAGACGAGGUGUUUCCUAUGCACCCCACCAGUAUUAAUGGAGUAGAGGACAUGUCUACUCUGGCAGAACUACAUGAAGCUGCCAUCAUGUACAACCUUUACCUGCGCUACCAGAAGGACUGCAUCUAUACCAACAUAGGCUCUAUCCUAGCAGCGGUGAACCCCUACAAGCAGAUCCCAGGUCUGUAUGACCCAGCAGCAGUAGACCUGUAUAGUAGACACCACCUGGGAGAGCUGCCCCCUCAUAUCUUCGCUGUGGCCAACGAGUGUUACCGCUGUCUCUGGAAGAGACACGACAGCCAGUGUGUUCUCAUCAGUGGAGAGUCAGGAGCAGGGAAGACAGAGAGCACCAAGCUGCUGCUCCAGUUCCUGUCUGUGAUGUCACAGAACUCAGCCGGGACAUCCCCCACUGAGAGGAGCACCCGUGUGGAGCAGGCCAUUAUCCAGAGCAGCCCCAUCAUGGAGGCGUUUGGGAAUGCCAAGACGGUGUACAACAACAACUCUUCCCGCUUUGGGAAGUUUAUCCAGCUCCACUUCUCCCAGUGUGGGAACAUCCAGGGAGGAUGUAUCAUAGACUAUUUACUUGAAAAGAACCGUGUGGUGAGACAGAACCCUGGAGAGAGGAACUAUCAUAUCUUCUAUGCUCUGCUGGCCGGGGCCGACAAGAACCACAAAGAGCUGUACUUCCUGUCAGAGAGCCCAGAGUCAUACCACUACCUGAGUCAGUCUGGCUGUGUGAAGGACAGGAGUCUAGAUGACCUGAAGCUAUAUGACAGUUUUAUGGAGGCUCUAAAGGUGAUGCAGUUCAGUGAGGAGGAGAUACGUGACGUCUUCAAGCUGCUGUCUGCUGUUCUCCUGAUGGGGAACAUAGAGUUCAUGACGGCAGGAGGAGCACAGAUCACCUCUAAAGGAGUGGUCAGUAAUGUCAGUGAUCUGCUGGGCCUGGACUCGUUCCAGCUGUCUGAGGUUCUGACCCAGAGGUCCAUGAUCCUGAGAGGAGAGGAGAUCUGUUCACCUCUCACUGUGGAACAGGCGGUGUGCUCUCGGGACUCGGUUGCCAUGGCGUUGUACGCCCAGUCUUUCUCCUGGAUCAUCACACGGAUCAACCAGAAGGUCAGAGGGAAGGACAACUUCAAGUCCAUCGGUAUCCUCGACAUCUUCGGCUUCGAGAAUUUUGAGGUGAACAGGUUUGAACAGUUCAACAUCAACUACGCCAAUGAGAAGCUCCAGGAAUACUUCAACAAACACAUCUUCUCCCUGGAACAGCUGGACUACAACAGAGAGGGGAUCCAAUGGGAAGCCAUAGACUGGAUGGAUAAUGCAGAGUGUCUGGACCUCAUAGAGAAGAAACUGGGCAUGUUGGCUCUGAUCAACGAGGAGAGUCGUUUCCCAAAAGGCACAGACUACACCCUGCUAGAGAAACUACACAGUAGACACGCUACUAACCACUACUACAUGAAGCCCAGAGUGACUGAUCACCAGUUUGGCAUCAAGCACUAUGCUGGAGAGGUUCUGUAUGACGUCAGAGGGGUCCUACAGAAGAACCGAGACACCUUCAGAGAUGACGUCUUAAACAUGCUCAAGGACAGCAGGCUUGACUUCAUCUAUGACCUGUUUGAGCGUGUCGGAAGCAGGAACGGAGAGGAGACCCUGAAGAUGGGGACGGCCAGACGGAAACCCACCGUCAGCUCUCAGUUCAGGGACUCUCUCCAUUCCUUGAUGAACACUCUGAGUGCCUCCAACCCUUUCUUUGUGCGCUGCAUCAAACCCAACAUGAACAAGAACGCCAACAUGUUUGACCCAGAAGUGGUCCUGAACCAGCUGAGGUAUUCUGGGAUGUUGGAGACCGUGAAGAUCCGCAGGGCUGGUUUCCCUGUCCGCAGGACUUUUAAUGACUUCUACAGCAGGUACAAGAUGAUCCUGAAAGACAAGCAUCCAACAGACGACCAGAGAGGGAGAUGCAGAGAGCUGCUGAUGUCAUAUGACCCCGCCAAGAUAGACUGGCAGCUGGGGAAGACUAAGGUGUUCCUGAAGGAAGAGCUGGAACACCGGCUGGAGAAGGGGAGGGAAGAGGUGCGGAGACAGGCGGGCAUGGUGAUCCGGGCACACAUACUCAGCUAUGUGGCAAGGAAGCGCUAUAAGAGGGUGCUGGCCAGCACCGUCACUAUCCAGAAGAACUACAGAGCUCACUUCUGGAGACGUGUGUUCCUUCGUCUCCGCACUGCAGCUGUCAUUCUACAGAAACACCAGCGUGGUCGGCUGGCCCGAGGCCUCUAUCGACACCUCUCUGAGGAGAAGAAGAGGAUAGAGGAGGAAGAGGAGGAGAGACGGCAAGUAGAGGGGGAGAGGAGGAGGCUGGAGGAAGAGGAGUUGAGGAGGAAGGACGAGGAGAGACGGCAAGUAGAGGGGGAGAGGCUGGAGGAAGAGAAGAGACGAGAGGAGGGGGAGUUGAGGAGGAAGGAGGAGGAGAGACAGAUGGUGCUGGAGGAGGUGAGGCGGAAGGAGGAGAGACAGAUGGUGUUGGAGCUGGAGGAGGUGAGGCGGAAGGAGGAGAGACAGAUGGUGUUGGAGCUGGAGGAGGUGAGGAGGAAGGAGGAGGAGAGACUGAGACAACAAAAGGAGCAAGAAGCAGCAAAGAGAAAGGAGGAGGAGCUUUGCAACGGACAGCAAGUAGAAGACGAGGAGAAAGCCACAGCCAACAACAGGAACUCCCUGAAGAUGGAAUCUCCUGCUCCCCAUAAGGAGGUGUCCCUGUCCUACUCCCUGCUCCACCACACCUCUGAGGAGGAGUCCUGUCAGAUGGAGGAGAUCCUUCAGCUGGAGAAGGAGAUUGAGAGGCUGCAGCGCCAGAGGGAGGAUGGGGUGUCCAUGUUAGGGGACGGCCUGGGAGGGAGCAGGGAGGAGCUCCGGCAGAGGAGGGACGCAGAGAUCUACCGGCUGGAGAAGGAGGCAUCUCGCGUGGCCACAGAGUUCCUGGAGCUCCUGGACUUUGGGGGUCUGGAACAGAGUCUGUCCAGCGAGGAGAACCUCCACGACCCCUCAGAGAGCACCGCUCCCCUGGCCCGGGCCGAGGAGGACGAGGGCUUCCAUGCUGAGGAGGAGUGUCCCGGUAGCGGUAUCCUCCUGCCUGACUUCCCUCUCCCCGUGGAGGUUCCUCUGGACCAGGAGGUCUUCUCCUCCCUCCCUCCUUCUCCUCCUGCCUUCGCUGAGAGUCUGGUAGCACAUGCCCUGGCUCUCUCUCAGGCCCCGUGUUGUCCCCCUGUUUACUACCCCCUCACCUCUAUUGUCCCUACACACCACCCGGCCCCGCCUCUCCCUGGCCUCACCAACGGAGGUGGGAAGGCUCUCUGUCACCAACCCACCAGGAGAAUAGAGGUGGCUCCAGAGACCAACAGUGUGCCCAGAAGAGUGGACGUAGUACCCGACAGACCCUGUGCCAGGGUAGAUGUUAUGCCAACCAGAAUAGACGCGGUACCCUCCAGAUUCCCAGAGGCUGUGGCAGACAGGAGAGCAGAGCUAGUGCCCACUGUGCCUGUCCCAGGGGCCAGGGAGGUCAGAGAGGAGGUGUCAUUCAGCGUCCUACCAGACACAGAGUCAUACUGUGACCAGGAGGAGUUUGAGGAGGUGCAGGGGAGUACAGGCUCUGGAGACGUAGCCAGUAUCACGGACGGACAUGCUGACAUUGAUGAGGUGCUGAGGAAAUCAUCCUGUACUCAGAACAGCCUGGACUCCUUCAGAGGCAGCUCAGACUCUUUUAUAGACAGUGACACAAGCAACGAUGGCUAUGUGGAUACAGACGAGGAGGUGUCCAAUGGGAGGGUGAAUCUACUGAACGGCUCUGGGCCUCCAUACUUCCACAGCUACCUCUUCAUGAAGGGUGGACUGAUGAUACCGUGGCGACGGAGGUGGUGUGUGUUGAAGGACGAAACCUUCAUGUGGUUCAGGGCGAAGCAGGACAGUCUGAAGAGUGGCUGGCUGUAUAAGAAGGGAGGUGGCAUGUCUACUCUGUCCAGGCGGAACUGGAAGCUGCGCUGGUUCGUACUGAGAGACGAUAAACUCAUGUACUUUGAGAGCGACAGCGAGGAGAAACUGAGGGGGACCGUGGACAUCCGCUCCGCCAUGGACAUAGUGGAUAACCAUGCCAAAGAGAAUGCUUUGAACAUCGUGACUGAAGAGAGAACCUACCACAUUUAUGCAGAGACUCCUGAAGAUGCCAGUGGCUGGUUCAACGUGCUGAGUCGUGUCCACAGUGCCAGUCCAGACCAGCUGAUGGAGAUGAACCAUGAGCAGGCCGACCCCAAGAACGCUGUGGGAACUGUGGAUGUUGGACUGAUCGACUCUGUGUGCGCCUCAGACAACCCUGACAGACCCAACUCUUUUGUCAUCAUCACUGCUAACCGUGUGAUCCACUGCAACACUGAGAUGCCUGAAGAGAUGCACCACUGGAUCGGCCUGCUGCAGAAACCUAAAGGAGACGCCAGGAUAGACGGGCAGGAGUUCUUCGUCAGAGGUUGGCUUCACAAGGAGAUAAGGGCUAAGAGCACUAGUCUGAAGCUGAAGAAGAGAUGGUUUGUUUUGACCUCUAACUCUCUGGACUACUACAAGUCUUCAGAGCGCAGUGUGUCCAAGCUGGGGACCCUGGUCCUCAACAGUCUCUGCUCUGUGGUCCAGCCAGACGAGAGGGUCUUCAAGGACACCGGUUACUGGAGCAUUGUCGUCCACGGACGUAAACACUCGUACCACCUCUACACCAAACUACUGAACGAGGCUAUGCGCUGGGCGUCGGCCAUACAGGGGGCUGUCGACAGCAAGGUUCCCAUAGAGACACCCACACAGCAACUCAUCAGGGACAUCAAGGAGAGCAGUCUGAACGUGGAAGCUGUGGAGCAGACGUACUGGAGGAACCCUAUCCUCAGAUAUACCCAGCACCCCCUCCACUCCCCCCUGCUUCCUCUGCCUUAUGGGGAGGUCAACAUCCACCUCCAUAAGGAGAAGGGCUAUGCCAGCCUGCAGGACGAGGCAGUGAAGAUCUUCAACUCUCUGCAGGAGAUGGAGUCUGUGUCUGACCCUGUGCCGAUCAUCCAGGGCAUCCUCCAGACCUGCCACGACCUACGCCUGCUCAGAGACGAGGUCUACUGUCAGCUCAUCAAGCAGACCAAUCACGUGCCUCAGCCCAACAGCUCGGCCAAUCGCGCCCACUGGCACCUCCUCACCUGUAUGAGCUGUACCUUCCUGCCCAGCCGGGGCAUCCUGCGCUACCUCAAGUUCCACCUUAAAGGGGUGAAGGAGCAGUUUCCUGGAACAGAGGUGGACAUGUUUGCCCAUUUCAUAGGUGAGUCUCUGAAGAGGACCAAGGUCAGGGACUAUGUACCGUCUCAGGAGGAGAUCGUAGCCUUACUGACCAGGCAGGAAAUGACUACUACGGUCUACUGCCACGGAGGAGGAUCCUGCAAGAUCUCCAUCAACUCACACACCACCGCUGGAGAGGUGGUGGAGAAGUUGAUCCGAGGCCUGGCCAUGGAGGACAGUAGAAACAUGUUUUCCCUGUUUCAACACAACAACACUACGGACCGGGCUGUGGAGAGCAGAGUCAUCGUGGCUGAUGUACUCGCCAAGUUUGAGAGGCUGUCAGGCAGUGAGGAAGUAGAGGAGGAGGGACAGUGGAAGCUCUACUUCAAACUCUACUGUUUCCUGGAUGUAGAGAGCAUGCCCAAGGAAGGGGUGGAGUUUGCUUUCAUGUUCGAACAGGCUCAUGAGUCUCUGACCAGCGGUCACCUCCCAGCCCCAGAAGACACCCUUCAGCACCUGGCCGCUCUCAGGCUCCAGUUCCUCCACGGGGACGAGGCCCGGGGCAGCUGGUCUCUGGACACCGUCUACCCUGUAGGGAGGCUCCGCGCACGCAUCCUGCACUUCACCAAGGUGGGCGCGGCGGGGCCUGUGGGCCAAACCCUUGAGAGGAGGCGGACCAGCUUCCUGGACGGGACACUGCGCCGCACCGGGCUGAAGACGGGCUCCAUGAAGAAACAGAAGAUGGAGGAGGAACAGAUGCUGGAGAUGUGGGUGAAGGAGGAGACUUCAGCCACCAGGACCUCCAUCGUAGAGAAGUGGUCCAGACUUCAGGGACUGGACCAGCACACUGCCAUGCUCAAAUACAUGAACAUCAUCAAGGAGUGGCCCGGAUAUGGGUCCACACUGUUCGACGUAGAGUGUAAAGAAGGAGGCUUUCCUCAUGACCUGUGGCUGAGUGUGAGUGCAGAGAACGUGUCGGUCUACAAGAGAGGAGAACCCAAACCUCUGGAGACGUUCCCCUACGAACACAUCAUCUUCUUCGGAUCUCCCCAGGCCACAACUUAUAAAAUCACAGUGGACGACAGAGAGAUGUUCUUUGAGACACCUCUGGUUGGAGAGAUCACUAAGAUCAUGAAAGCCUACAUCAACAUGAUAGUAAAGAAGAGAUGCAGUGUCAGAUCUGGGCCCAGCUACGGAACCAACUGGAUCAGGUGAGAUGUGGGACAGAACACAGCCCAGUUGGCUUCCUACCGCCCCUGACGAGAAGGCUACAAGGCAGCAGGGUCCAUGAAGACCGGACUGUUCUCCUCAACUCAGAUGUCUGAAUAACUGAAAGCAGGCUGCUAUUCAGCUACUCCAGAACAUGUCCAACUCCGGUGUCCCUCAGUGUGGUACGCCAAGCCAACAUUCUAGAACAUUCUAGAAUGUGUAGCGCUAAAAGGCGGAACUGCGUUCCUCAACCGUUUCCUAUUGAUAUUCUAUAGCUGUCGACAGAGUGGAUACCACGUUACCUUCUGCUAUUAUUUACAUCAAUUUAUCAAUAGUAUGGACCAAUCAGGAUGUCACAUCAAAUUUCCUUUUGUAUCAAGUUCUACCAUUUUCCAAUGGAUUGAGAGAGAAAUGUAUCACUGUCAAGCCUUCCCCUGACUAGCUCCCCUUUCCUUAUAAGAAUGUUGUCUAUUUUUAAAUUGGCAAGUGUUAUUAUUUUUUAUUAUAAUAACAUAUGUAAAUGAAUGGGCGCCCAACUAUACCGUUAUAUAUUUACAAUGAGAAGAAGUUAUUUGUCUAAGUAAGGUUGAAAGACUUUCCCCUCAGGUUUUUCUGAGCAAUAGGAGUUGAAUCCCAAACCAACCACAGACCCAGGGAGUUGAACCUCUUUACAUUUGAAUGCCUUAAAUGGGUUCACUGCUUCCAUCCGUGUGGUUAUUCGUCUACUUUGGACUGUACAGUAAUAGUUUUGACUUUCAGGAAUGGCAUCCCCAAGCCAGGGUUAUGUCAGGGCUAAUAGCUUGAUGGUUAUAACCAGUUAUAAUGCUAGUGGCAGAAGCUGCUAUUCUAUAGCCUGGUCCCAGAUCUGUUUGUGCUAUUGCCUACUCUGAUUAUGAAGCUUAACAUGUUUGAAAUGACAAUUCCAUAAGAAGUUGGCAAAAGAGCAGAAAAGCAGGCUGGUGCCCAAAGCUAUCCAUUCUACCCAGUGCCCGAGAAGCAGGUUUUUAACUCUGGGGAAAUAACACUAGUAUUUUAUAUAACUAGAACAAACCAAUACAUAAUCCAUCACUACUAUAUUCAGGUUAUUAUUUAUUUACUAUAAAGGCAGUGGUUUAAUAUAGAAAAUUUUUGCUUAAUUCUAAUGAACAUCAUUAUAGAAUUUAGUCUGAUUUUAAUUUAAAUGUUUUAUUUGCUAUUUUGAUUUGAAACCAGUUUCGUCCUUGUAAGGAAAUGUUUUGUGUGCCUGAAACUGUUGAACGAGAGCGUGACGUGUUGAUGAAACGAGCAGGAAGGUACUUCCUGGUUUUUGUGUUACUGAAGUAUUGUUGGUCACGAGCGAUAGAGCAGGGUUAACCAUUUGGCACCCCAACUUUUACGAGCAAAUAUUGUCAUAAAAAUGGUUGGACACAUGACUGUAAAAAAAACACCUGCACCUCGGCUCCAAAUGAUUAACAUUUUGACUGUUCUAAAGUAUUCCCACGCCUAAGAGACAUUGACCGGACAAAACAUUAGGAACACCUACUCAUAUUGCAUUUCACCCCCUUUUGCCCUCAGAACGGGCUCAAUUCGUCAGGGCAUGGACAAUACAUGGUGAGGUGUCGAAAGUGUUUCCCAGGGAUGCUGGCCCAUGUUGACUCCAACGCUUUCCACAGUUGUGUCACCUGGUCAGUCUAUGUCAUGGAAAGACCAGGUGUUCAUAAUGUUUUGUACACUCAGUGUAUAUAUGUGAUUGUAAACAAAUGUAAGCAAGGUUUGAAAUCAUUAUGUAUUAGUCAAAUAUUAUAUCCUAUUAUUAAUAUUAUAUCCUAUUAUUAAUAUUAUAUCCUAUUAUUAAUAUUAUAUCCUAUUAUUAAUAUUAUAUUAUUAAUAUUAUAUCCUAUUAUUAAUAUUAUAUUAUUAAUAUUAUAUCCUAUUAUUAAUAUUAUAUUAUUAAUAUUAUAUCCUAUUAUUAAUAUUAUAUCCUAUUAUUAAUAUUAUAUUAUUAAUAUUAUAUCCUAUUAUUAAUAUUAUAUUAUAUUAUUAAUAUUAUAUUAUUAAUAUUAUAUCCUAUUAUUAAUAUUAUAUUAUAUUAUUAAUAUUAUAUCCUAUUAUUAAUAUUAUAUUAUUAAUAUUAUAUCCUAUUAUUAAUAUUAUAUUAUUAAUAUUAUAUCCUAUUAUUAAUAUUAUAUUAUUAAUAUUAUAUCCUAUUAUUAAUAUUAUAUUAUUAAUAUUAUAUCCUAUUAUUAAUAUCCUAUUAUUAAUAUUAUAUUAUUAAUAUUAUAUCCUAUUAUUAAUAUUAUAUCCUAUUAUUAAUAUUAUAUUAUUAAUAUUAUAUCCUAUUAUUAAUAUUAUAUCCUAUUAUUAAUAUUAUAUCCUAUUAUUAAUAUUAUAUCCUAUUAUUAAUAUUAUAUCCUAUUUGGGAUUCUUGUGGUCAAUUUGCAGUCUACAAAGUGUUAUGGAUGAUGUCCCAGCCCCCUGACCAUCCAUUCGCUCAAGAAACAAAAUCAUCCCGCGGCUGAAUGUAGUUGAUGAUCCCUGCUAUUGUGUGUCGUCGUGGGAGGGGGGCUGGGAUAUUUAUUAUGUGUGAUUCUAAUAGUCAGGAGGACUCGGGAGGAGUCAUGUAACAGAUGGAGCCAUACAGGUGAGAGUAGAUGGAGGUAGCCUCCGACACCCAGCCUUGUAAGGUGAAAGCCGGUGACGGAGGCGAUCUGGCGUUACACUGCACAUGGCCCUGGGCUGAGAACUGGAAUAAAGAGCAACAUCACAUGCAGUAAACCGGGCUAUAGUGUGAUAACAUAACAUUGUGGGAUUACAUUGUGAUAACAUGACAUUGUGAUAUCAUGACAGUGUGAUGACAUGACAGUGUGAUUACAUUAUGAUAACAUGACAUUCUGGUGAUGAUAACAUAACAUUGUGGGAUUACAUUGUGAUAUCAUGACAGUGGGAUAUCAUGACAUUGGGAUAUCAUGAUAGUGUGAUAACAUGACAUUGUGGUGAUGAUAACAUUGAAUACAUGGUGGUAUCAUGACAGUGUGUUGAUGACAUUGUGGUAUCAUGACAGUGCACUAUAUAGGGAAUAGGGUGCCAUUUCAGCUGCUGGUAGCCACACCUGUACCAGAACCAUUUUAUUUAGUAAAUCAUUUUUCUUUAACCAACAAUGCUGUUUUAAGAAAAAUGAGAGUCACGGACUUGUAAGUGAUCAUUCCACGUUAUGACAAAUACACAUUUGAUCAUGACUGUUAGGUUCCCUUGGCUGGAGAGAGUAAAACGGGCUGGUAAAUAUGUUUGUUGCAACUGGAUUUACAAAAUGCUUUAAUAAAAUGACUGCAUCUCAUAA